AUGUCGACAUUUGCCUUUUUGCCUCGGUCCAUCAAACAAAGAAAGGCUGAAACACCUGCGAAACAAGAUCAAGUAAGUUCCAGUGUUGCUUCGAUAUCGACACUUGCUGGAGCUCCAAUCGCAAGUGAGAGUCAAUCUUCCAAGAAAUGGAAAGGAGAUGCCAAAGGAAAAGCAAAGGACCCCACAGAUCUUCAAACAUCUUCUGGACAUAAGGCUAUUCUACAUUCAUCCGCAAAGUCUCUUGAACCAGAAGACCUUGCUCGCGUUGUCUGUCUGGCGUUGUCCGAUUAUAAUUUGUGGUCGGACUCUGAUCUGAGGCGGAAGAUUGAUUGGGCAGGUGGUGGAGAGUUUGGCCAAGAAGACAAUGUUUCGAUUGAUGAUCAAGGUGGAAAACUUGGAGAAGAUUCGGGAUAUAUUCCCCUAAGUUAUAUCAAGAAGAAUUCUGCCGUGUUUCUCCAAGCCACCUCGUCCCCAUCUUAUAUCGAGCAACCGGACAUUGCAUAUGUGAAAGCGCUACGAAGUCAUGCAUCCUACCUGGUGGAUGUAAGACUUGUCUUGUCCACUGAUCAAUCAUCCAACUUCGCCCCAGAACGCUGGCCAAGAACAGGAUCUUCCUCAACUGGAUAUGAAGUGAGGCGAAAGAAACCAAUUGCCAACUCAAGAGAAUUCGGAAAGUCGGAAUGGGACAAGUUGACGGUAUAUAUUGAAAAUAUUCCGGUUCAAUAUCGCAGCGUGUAUGGGGUUGCCAAAGUCGUUUCGUCGCUGUUACCAUACUCGGAAUACCCCAUGUCGAAGGUUCAAAAUGUUUCUUUCCCAUCCCAUCAUAAUGAUCGCCCUGGUACAUUGCCCACAUGCAAAGGAUUUGCACUGGUUACGCUAGCUUCGGAUGACGAUGUAAACUUCCUCCUUGAUGAAUGGCCUUGGGAAGAAUCUAAUCAUGACUCCAGCCAAAAGUCCCCAGAGCCCCGUUCCGACGAUCCCAUUAGACGAGAAUCCUCAAAAUUCGGUCUACGUUGCCUCAACAAAAUUCGUUGGGAUGAACUCAAGGCAGAAUAUCUCCUGUACCGACAACAACUCAUCGCAGAAGUUGACGCUGACAACAAGGUUCAAGAACAGAUCAAUAAGAUGUCAUCGAAUAACUUGAAGGUGUCCCAACACUCAAUGCCCCCAGCCAUCAAUAAACCCGACAAAGUUCCAGUAGCAGAACAUCUGGAAACAACUGAACAGGGACAAAAAGACUUUCAGCCAAUUCAUGCGGAAUCGUCGUAUCCUUCUGGGUGCCUUGUCUUCGUACGAAAUAUUCAUCCAGAAACGAACAAAACGUCGCUUCGCGCGUUGUUUUCUCAAUUUUCGCAAAAAGACGAAAAAGAAUUGGCCUUGUCGAUCAACAAGACCGAUGGGCUAGAUUAUGUGGACUACACCAAGGGUUUAGAUUCUGAAACUGGGUUGGACGACAGUGGAGAAAUGCUUUCGUCUACGUCGCAAGAUAAAUCCCCCAAACUUGCAAUCAUUCCUGAAAUGGUUUCUGGCAGGCGGGAAGAACUUUACUGGCAAAAGGUUCCCGAAAGAGUGAGAAGGCAAGCGGUGGAUAAGGCACUGAGUAUCUUAAACGUUGGAGAUGCCCAAACAUUCCAAUUCGAGAGAACGUCCGGAAAGAAACGUCGAAGGCGGUAA